AAAAACGUCUUCAAAUAUAAUAUAAUUUCACUUUUAUUCUUCAUAGAGGCCCAUAAACUCCAGUUCCCAACAAUGCGCCUUUGGCGGAAAUGAAGCAAUACAAAAGCUGGUCUCAAUAGCGUAACAUCCUGAAAAACCAUUCCCAUUCCACCAAACCCCAAUCCCCGAGAGUCUGAAAGAAUUACCCCUGCAGUUUUGGCGUUCAGGCAGGGCUUAGCUAAAGCUUACCUGCCCUUGGUGUGGAGCGGCUUGGAGUGCGGGGUUAUUGGAGCACGCCAGCGCCUAACACCGAGAUCUCCACCUAACAGCUCAUCCACUAAACCUCUAUGACUCUCAAUCUAUAACCAACAAUCCCAAACUCCAUCAGAACUACCAACAUGACCUCCCCCACCCCCCUCAGCAUAGGCUGCCUCCUCUUCCCCGGCUUCCAAGCCCUCGACGUCUUCGGCCCCCUCGACGCCCUCAACGUCCUCUCCUACACCACCCCCCUAACCCUCUCCAUCAUUGGCGCCUCCCUCUCUCCCAUCUCCACCCACCCCGCCUCCCAACCAACCGCCAUCGGCCAAACCAUCGUGCCCACACACACCUUCUCCUCCGCUCCCCCCCUCGACGUCCUCCUAAUCCCCGGCGGCUACGGCACGCGUGGCUCACCCCCUGGUCUCGAGGAAGCGAUUGAUUUCAUCCGCUCCCGCUUCCCGGAGCUCAAAUACAUGAUCACGGUCUGCACGGGCUCGCGACUAGCCGCAAGAGCGGGUGUCUUGGAUGGGCUGCGCGCGACGACGAAUAAGCGCGCGUGGUUGGAUACGAGGGAGAUGGCGCCGGGGGUGAAGUGGGUGGCGCAUGCGAGGUGGGUGGUGGAUGGGAAGUGUUGGACUAGUGCGGGGGUGAGUGCGGGGAUUGAUGUUGUGUUGGCGUGGGUGGAGGAGGUGUAUGGGAGGGAGAAGGCGGGGGAGGUGGCGGGGGUGAUGGAGUAUGAGAGGCAUGAGGAUUCGAGGUGGGAUCCGUUUGCGGUGGCGAAUGGGUUGCCGGUGGAUGAGUAG